AUGUUUCUUGACGUUGGCCAAAUUUGUGGAGAGGUCGCGCCGACUGGCGCUACUCCAUCUUUCCUCUCCCCUCAUUAUUGCAGAAAAUUAAAAUAUUUAUUUAAAAGAAUAUUGGUUAAAAAAAUUAGUUUUGUAAACAUUUUACCAAUUUAUAAAAGGCCAUCCUUAGCGUCUUGUUAUCGCUAUUUUGAAUAUUUUUUUCCUUUAUUUCCAUUCAUUAAAAAAAAAAUUCAUUCUCCCUUUAUUAAUACUGCCACAUUUUCGAUAAGCAUGCUUAAGAUGGGACCACAGGCUUUCAAUUUGGUUCGUAUGUGCUCCUUGAGCAUUAACAAACCCAACAGAGUGGUUUACCACUUCAUGGCAAGAUCCAAAUUUAGCAACGGCUUCGGGGUAAGAUGGAUAACCAUCGUUAACAAUGAUAGAUCCGGGCACAACAUGUUUUUUGAACAUAUCUAG